UUUCUUGGACACCUAGUGGAAAACCCAAAAAGGCGCUUGUAUGCUGGCACUCUUCUUGUUGUUCUUUUGGUCACGUGCUCAUCGAAUGUCGGUGGUGUGUAACGAAGUUCUUGCUUUCUUAACGGGGAAUGGCGUACAGCGCCGUAGGUACCGGUAGCGUCGAAGAAACCAUUUUAGCAGAAAGCCUUUAGGGAGAGGACACUCGAGGAUACAACAUGCUGAGGUUUCUAGCAAUGAUCAUUUUAUAUGUCGGAAAAUAUUGGAUGUUGUCUUGCUGCCACUGCUGUGAACUUCCAAAAUUAGAAAAAGAAAUCGAUUAUUCAGAACUAACCGGGACUUGGUAUGAAACUGUGCAUCCCGGAGAGACAAUAUACAAAGUUGUGAGUUGCGAAACAUUACAAUACCAGAGUGGGGCAAACGGCAGUUUCUCUGCUAAAUGGAGUUUUCAAAAGAUUGAAAAAUCUCAAAAUAAAAGCCUUGGAAUUUCCAAUGCAUAUUUUGCUCGAAUUGCACCAUCCACUUUUCUCGCUACAAAUGAGAUUGGUAUGAAAAAAAUAGAAAAUGCUAUAUUACAGGACGUUAACGAUGCCACUGCACAUAAAAUUGAAUCGGAAAUGGAUGCACCAAAAUAUAUGCCAAUUGUUCAUAUUGUUGAAAAAAACGCAUACGUAAUGGUUUUGAUGUGUGACUUGUUCGGAAUGAAAAAAGUGUAUGUAUCGACGUCGGACCCUCUCCCAAAAACAAAAACAUUGCUGAAAAUCCACAACAAAUUAGUAGAAGUUGGAAAUGGAUGGGCAGAUGUGAAACUCAAUUUAGCACAGUGUUCUCAAUAAUAAAAAGACAAUGCCAAUGAUUUAUUUCUUCCUAUUCAGUUUGCCUUCAUAAUAAAUUCUAUAAAGAGAUAUUCUAUACCAAAAGUUGUAUUGUUGUAAAUUGUUCUACAUGAGAAUCAAUUUUUUGUGUAGUGAAAAUUGUGGAAAUAAAUAUAAUCA